AUGGGUCGGAACGUAUCUCACGGCCGCGGAGGUGCAGGAAACAUCUUCUCCUCUGCUGAAAGCCAUACCACACCGAAGGAUCUCGUCACACCCACGAUCAAGCAAGACGUCUAUACCACCGGUCGCGGCGGCUCAGGAAACAUGGUCGUAAACGAUCCUCAGCGUCCGGAGAUUGCACGCGAGAGUCAGGACGUAGAGGCACCGCCACUGCGCGUCGAGGAAGCUCCUCACCACACUGGACGAGGUGGCGCUGCAAAUGCGUAUAUCCCAUCGCCCGAAGAAGAGAAGAGAGUUCGUGAGCAAGAGGAACAGUUGCGCCGAGUUCGGACUGCAUCUAGAGACCGAUUGAGGGAUGCUGAGCGUGCGGCCGAAAAGCGCAGCGAGUCAUAG